AUGAACGCAUCCCACCCAUCCAAGCGAUUAAUCUCGCUAAAGGACUGGAACCAUAUAACCUCUUCUUCCUCGAAGACCCGUUUGCACCCCGAAGAUGUUGACUAUUUCCAACUCAUGCGUCAACAGACGAGUAUCCCAAUCGCGAUGGGUGAAUUGUUCAACAAUCCGAAUGAAUACGUCCAUCUUAUCAAGGAUCGACUUAUCGAUUUUAUCCGGGUGCAUAUCUCACAGAUCGGUGGUAUUAGUCCAGCGCGUAAACUCGCCGCGUUCUGUGAAUUUUUCGGCGUACGCACUGCAUGGCAUGGUCCUGGCGAUGUCUCUCCUGUUGGGCAUGCCGCCAACGUUGCGCUGGAUCUCGCAUGCUAUAACUUCGGUAUUCAGGAGCAGCAUGUCUUCGGUGAAAAUACCAAAGAGGUCUUCCCGGGUUGUCCCGAAAUUCGAGAAGGUUGUUUUUGGGUAAAUGAGGCACCGGGACUCGGCAUUGAUUUAGAUGAAGAACUCGCGGCACGAUUCCCGUUUCCAGAGGAUCCACUCAACGGCGGUUGGGCACCCGUGCGGCGGAUGGAUGGCACGGUUAUCCGACCAUAG